CUUAAGAUUGUUUUAGGCAGCGUGUUUCAAAAUUCUUGGUGUCUGCUAAUCAAGGGUUAUUCUCUUCCAUUUUCAGAUUCAAGGUCCUGCCAACCACAAUGCGAGAACAACUCCAUCUGUAACACGGACAUAGGUUAUUGUGAAUGCAAAAAAGGUUACUCGGGAAAUCCUUACAAGAACUGCUCCCAAAUCUGUAAGAAAUCUGAAGAUUGCACCUCAGAGGAGACUUGCAUAAAUGGAAUUUGUAAGAGUCCUUGCGAGGAAGACUGUGGCAUCAAUUCGCUUUGUACUGUUAAAGACCAUGUAAGCAUCUGCAGUUGCCCUCCUGGUUAUGUUGGCAACUCAUUCGAAAUCUGCAGAACCAUUAGCGAGUUUUCAAAACUUAAAAAUGGAGAUAUCUGCAGCCAAUGUGCAAAGGAUGCCGUUUGCAUCACAACAGCGACCAGUGCUAACUGCGUCUGCCUCAGGGGGUAUUUUGGCAAUCCUUUCAUUUCCUGUUAUAAAAUGUGCCUCUCCAAUGCGGAUUGUUCAGCUGAUAAGGUGUGCGUCCAGAAUUUGUGCAAGGACCCCUGUGAAGGUGCUUGUGGUGUGAAUGCGAAAUGCACCGUUGACCAGGUCCGGCGCAAGCCGAAAUGCACCUGUAAAGAUGGCUUUUCUGGAGAUCCCUCCAGAAUAUGUACCGUGAAAAUUGUUAACAGAUUUGCCGAGGCCGAAGAAGAGCUGAAAUGUCAUCCAGAAUGUGGUGGUAACGCAACAUGCCAUACUCAAUACGGUGUUUGUAAGUGUAAGGAAGGUUAUAUCGGUAAUCCGUACAGUGGUUGUCGAAGCAAAUGUCAUCUAGACGCAGAAUGCGAUGAAGACAAAUCUUGCGCGUUGGGCGUCUGCAUUGACCCUUGCUGGACCGCCUGUGGGAAGAACGCUUUAUGCAGUGUUAUCAAGCAUGUAGCUGUCUGCAGGUGUCCAAUUGGUUACAGUGGUGAUGCCCUCAAAUAUUGCAGAAAAGAUGCUCUAAAUCCGGAACCAAAAAUCAUAGAAGUGGACCUUUGCGACUCCUAUCCUUGCGGUACAAACGCAAAAUGCAAAUAUACUGAUGCAGACACAGAAACUUGCCAUUGUAAUCCAGGACACUCCGGAAACCCUUAUAAGAAGUGCUUCAAAAAAUGCCGGAAGAACAACGAAUGUUCCAAGAUGGAUAAAUGUGUGGAUGGUCUAUGCAAGGACGUUUGUGAGAAUGGCUGUGGGAUAAAUGCUAUUUGUGAGGCGGAUAAUCAUAAGCCGAAGUGCAAAUGCCCUCAAAAUUACAGGGGGGAUCCUAUGAGUAUAUGCUUCCCCAAAAAAAAAGGAGUUCUGGUGAAUCCCAGCAAAAUUCCAUGCUUCAAGUGUAUCUGCAGAGCAAUAACUGGAGACGAUAAUAUAUUCUCCUGCGCUGAGAAAUCCAUCAAUUUUGGUUAUUGGGCGUUUGCUGGGGAAGAUCUUGUUGGAGGCGAGGAAUUCAGAACCAAAAACUCCACCAUAGACUUCCUAACCUGCAUGAAUAAUAGGAUAUGCAUUUUGAACACAAUGAACGACUACACAUCCAGAGCAUUGCACAGAUUGGACGAUAUCGACUGCGAUGGUGAAAUAACCUGUGCAGAUAUUUUUGCUGUGCACAAAUUCGGAUUGACAGCUAAAUUUCCGGACUCAAUAUUCAACGCUUCUGAAGCUAGUUCUUUCGACCAAUGCGAAGGCCAUGGAGAGAAGGACAUCUCAACCAAUUGGACGCCUAAAACCUGCUCUGGACCAUCUUAUGUAGAACUUCUCAGUUGAUGUUAUCGAAUCUUAUUAUUUUGUGCGAAUAAAGAACGUCCAUCAUUGAGACAUUAAUUUGGUAGA